UUUCCAAAUUUUAUAACUUAGCUUAAUAUUGAUGCAAUAUCCUCGAGAUUUACAACGGACACUGCCUAAUUAAAAACUAGUACUACUAAACCCUGAAUACAGACGGCUAUAAAUUUACCUAACCCCCACUCGUCUCAAAUCAAAUCUCUCUCGAAACACAAAUCUCUCUUUCUCGUCUCUCUCAAACACUCAGAUCCAAAGACUAAGACAUGGCUACUAUCCAAUCCAUCAAGGCUCGUCAGAUCUUCGACAGCAGAGGCAAUCCAACCGUCGAGGUCGACGUUGGUUUGUCGAAUGGAAACUGGUGCAGAGCUGCUGUUCCCAGUGGUGCAUCCACCGGUAUCUACGAGGCUCUUGAACUUAGAGAUGGAGGAUCUGACUAUCUAGGAAAAGGUGUUUCCAAGGCUGUUGGAAAUGUGAACUCGAUCAUCGCCCCUGCUUUGAUCGGCAAGGACCCAACUGAUCAGACCGGUAUCGAUAACUUCAUGGUUCAAGAGCUUGACGGGACUGUUAAUGAGUGGGGAUGGUGCAAGCAGAAGCUAGGAGCAAACGCAAUAUUGGCAGUGUCUCUUGCUGUUUGCAAAGCUGGGGCCAGUGUCUUAAAUAUCCCUCUUUACAAGCAUAUCGCCAAUCUUGCUGGUAACAAGAAGUUAGUUUUGCCGGUUCCUGCUUUUAAUGUCAUCAAUGGUGGAUCACAUGCAGGAAACAAACUUGCUAUGCAGGAGUUUAUGAUUCUUCCAGUUGGAGCCACCUCAUUCUCAGAGGCAAUGAAAAUGGGAGUUGAAGUAUACCAUAACUUGAAGUCUGUGAUUAAAAAGAAAUACGGUCAGGAUGCAACUAAUGUUGGUGACGAAGGUGGCUUUGCCCCUAAUAUUCAGCAAAACAAGGAGGGUCUUGAGUUGCUUAAGACGGCCAUUGAGAAGGCUGGAUACACUGGCAAAGUUGUCAUUGGUAUGGAUGUUGCUGCAUCUGAGUUCUAUGGAACAGACAAGACAUACGAUCUGAACUUUAAGGAGGAGAACAAUGAUGGCUCAGAAAAGAUAACAGGAGAUCAACUCAAAGAUCUUUACAAGUCAUUUGUUUCCGAGUAUCCUAUUGUCUCGAUUGAGGACCCAUUUGAUCAGGAUGACUGGGAGCACUAUGGUAAAAUGACCUCUGAAUGUGGAGUUCAAGUACAGAUUGUUGGUGACGACCUUUUGGUCACAAAUCCCAAGAGAGUUGAGAAGGCAAUCAAAGAAAAGACUUGUAAUGCUCUUCUUCUCAAGGUUAACCAAAUUGGCUCAGUCACUGAGAGUAUAGAAGCUGUGAAAAUGUCCAAAAGGGCUGGUUGGGGAGUAAUGACCAGUCAUCGCAGUGGAGAGACCGAGGACACUUUCAUUGCUGAUUUGGCCGUAGGUCUGUCAACGGGACAAAUUAAAACUGGAGCACCGUGCAGGUCAGAGCGUCUCGCAAAAUACAAUCAGAUUCUGCGAAUUGAGGAGGAGCUAGGUUCGGAGGCAGUUUAUGCCGGAGUAAACUUCCGUAUGCCCGUUGAGCCCUACUAGAUUCAUGUGGUUCAGAAAGCUGAGAAGAUUAUUCGCUGUGCACUUACAUUCUUGUUCCAGUUCGUGCAGAAUAGUAUUCUGAAUGUAAAAUGGGUCUACCCAUAAUUAGUUUCUUGAAGGCUUUUAUUUAAAUAAUUGAAACCCGGGUUUUGUUCUGGGAUUUGAACACAAAAGUGGUCCUCUUUUCAAGGCAGAGAUUGUUAUUUUGCAUUUAGUGACUCAAUGAAAAUUUUGUGAGUAAUGUUUUUGCUUGUGGUUA